AUGACACGUGCAGACGCCAAGGCUGGGUCCGGCGCCAAGACGAGAAGGGCGCAGAAGCGAAAGAGUAAAUUCAAUCCCGACUCGAGUGGCGGCGGCGGCGGCGACGACUCGGCGACGAAGACGUCCGACUCGAAGGCUCGAAAGUCAAAGACGUUCGAUGGGAAGAGUGAGGGCAGAAAACUGAGCGGUGGAUCGAAAUCCUUCACGAAGGGCGACUCGAAGGGGCGCGACAGAGGCGAGAAGCGUCCGAGCUCUGGUGAGAGCGUGGAGGCAAAGAGCAAAAAGGCAAAGUCCAGCAACGACGGUAAGCCGCUCUCUCGCAAGGAGCAAAAGGCGAAGGCGGACGAAAUUAAGGCGCUGAGAAAGCCUAACUUCGCGUUAGUACAAGAGUUGGCCCAGAUCUGGGAGCGCAUGCGGGGGAAGAAGGUUUCAAAGACGGAUCGAAGCACGCUGUGUGACGAAAUUUUCAAGAAGUCCAAGGGCAAGGUGCCAGAGCUGGCAAACAAUCACAAAGGCUCGCGUGUGGUGCAGGCAGUGCUCAAGUACGGCACUCCGGAGCAAUGCGAGUCGGUCAUGGCAGAGGUGACGCCGGAAAUCUCCCUUCUCUCGAAGUCUCUGUACGGUAACUUUUUGGUUCGCAAGCUCAUCGAUUCUACUGACAAAAAGGACGUGCCCAAGCUUCUCGCCAAUCUCAAGGGACAGAUUCCGAGACUGGCUCGUCAUCCCGUCGGGUCUCAGAUCGUCGAAGCGCUCUACCACGUCGCUUCGGGCAAGGACAAGAAAUCGAUGACGUUUGAGUUCUAUGGUCCAGAGUUCGUCCACUUUGGCGUCGCCGAGGUCGGUUCCCUUCGUGAAGCCUUGCUCACCAAGCCCGUCGCACAGCGCCAGAGCACGCUUCGUCACGUGAACACGUCGAUGAUACCGGUAUUAGAAAAAGGUUUAGUGUCUUCCUCCGUAAUUCAUCGCGUUUUAUCGGAGUACCUGAGCGUGGGCGGCCCGAGCACGAAGGCAGAGGCGGCGGGAUCCAUCGCCGCCGCUGGUUUACUCCGUAUGAUGCACACAAAGGAGGGCUCGCACGCGGUGAACAUGAUGCUCGCGCACUCUGGAGCGAAGCAACGCAAGGGCGUCGUCAAAGCGCUGAAGGGUCAGAUUUGGAGAGUUGCACAGGAUGACUUUGCGCACCUCGUCAUCGCGCACCUCUUUGACUGUGUGGACGACACACAGCUGCUCACAAAGGGCGUCGUGAGCGAGCUCAAACAGGAAGGCAUCGAAGAAGUCGCAUCGCACAAAAAUGCACGUCGAGUGCUGUUACACAUUUUAAACCCUCGAUCCACGAGAUACUUCCCGCCGCACUUGCUUGAGUGUCUUCCAGAUCCCGAACAAAUUCGCGCAGACGCGGAGGAGACGCUCGCAGUAAUGAAAAAAGGCGGUGAUGCUGAAAAGGCGGCAAAGAAGGCGGUUGGGAAGGACGACUCAGACGAUGACGACAUAGGAAUCAUUGACGACGAGCUGGGAGAGGAUGAGAUGGAUGAGGAUGAGGAUAACGAAGAUGAGGACGAUGGAGAUUUGGAAGAAGCUCCGGCGGAUGGUCCGGAAUUCGGCAUCGCUAAGAAGCCUGCCAGCACGCGCCGAGCGGAAAUCUUCCAUCAAGGUUUAGGCGAUGCUCUCAUCGCGGCGUGUAACGCCAAUGCGGCCGCGAUGUUACGGAAUAACCUCGCUUCAGACGUGUUAUUUGAGGUCGCAGCAGGGGGUUGUGACGGCGUUUUCCACGAAGCGAUGGGUGACGAGAAGAUGACCGCGCUCUAUAAAGCCAUCUCUAGCGCGGUGGCGCUAUCGAUGUCAUCUAAAGAGAUUGAUGAUGAGACGGGCGAGGCUCUUGAGUCGUUGCACACGAAUUUUUUCUCCACCAGAACGCUUCGUCGAAUGGCGUUGGAAAUCAAGCACCCGGCGUUCGUGCCCCAGUUCUGGAACACAGCGCUCAAGGGCAGUCUCAAGACGUGGAUAGAUGGACACGGAAGUAAAGUUAUCGCCGCGAUCGUUCGCGCGGAUACCGACUCGAAAACACGCAAGGCGAUUCACGCCGCCGUCGGUAAGCUGGUCGAUGGAGGAGACGCCGACGCGUGGGCGGAGGGUUUCUUUCACGUCAAGGAUGCGACGGAUGCCAAAAAAUCCAAGGUAAAAGAUGCGAAACGCAAGAGCUCGAGCAAACCGUCGAAGAAGUAA